AUGACUUGUCGAAAACAAUUAUUACUUCUUCUUCUACUUCUAUUCACUCAUUGGACCAUAGUUCAUGCCUUUUCAUGUCUCAACCAACAAUCUCUCCCGUCCGAACGUGUGGCCUCUCAAACCAACCAAUCAUUCCAAAAAAUCACUCGAAAUUCAUUCAAUUCAACAUCUUCGAUCGUUACUUUGAAUUUUGUUCAGGCCAUCGAUGCUGCCGUUCGAGAUCUUGUUGCGACUUCACAAUUUCGAGACAAAUUUUUCGAUCAUUUGAAAUUUCAAGUCCCAACUUGUGUGAAAGGAAAUUUAAUUCGAUAUCCGUCGGAAAAUCCAUUUCAAUCUCGAUCGAAUCUCAAGUUUUGUUAUCAAAUGGAAAAUGCAGAGCCUUACACAAGUGUGUAUGAAAUGGUGGCUCAGGGAAUUUUGGAUCAAGUCAAUUCACACUAUUCCAUGUCGUUGAAAAAGGAAAUUGUGUUGGUGAAUACAACAGAUGGAUUUUUCGUUUCAUUGAAGCGAGCGGUGGAUGAAGGAAUUUGUGACGUCGUGGUUGCUGAUGUCUCGUUGGUUGCUGAGCGCUUGCCACUUGUCAAUUUCAUGUCAUGCGCCUAUGGAGCUACUUCAAUGGCCUACCUCACCACCUCAAGCUCCUUAGGUGUUGCUUCUGUGACCGACCUCAACAAGAGCGGGUUAAAAGUUGCUGCCUAUUCUGGAACCAUUUUCGAAGAUUACAUUAAACAAAAUUUACCGCUCGCUACUAAAUUGUCCGUCGGAUUCGAUGAACAAUUUGAAAUGGCCACUAUGAAAACAGUCGAUGCCAUUGUUGCAGACGCUGUCGAUUUAAUGGUGUGGAUGAAUAAGAAUACGACACGUUGUCCAGAUUGUACGGUCAAGAUUUUUGGAGAUCCAAGUUAUUUUGGAACAUUUACGGCAAAGGUCAAUGCAAGUUCGAGAUUAAGGGAAUUGACAAAUGUGUGGUUAUUCAUGGUUUUAAUCAGUGUUUGGAUGGUGUGGAAUCUAAUGUGA